CGACCACAGCGCCUGGUGAUGCUGACUCGCUCGGGUUAGGGUCACGCGAGGACUGCCCCACCUUAUUUUUCCACCUCAGCCUUGUGGACCCUGAACCCGAUCCAGAAAUCGCGAACGUGAAUUCGCAUCCAAAACCGCGACAGCACCAAUACCGACCGAUACCGACCACCGACCACAGACCCGCGAUCACGCCGAGCAACCCGGGUCAUCGGAUUUACGCAUUGACGCCCCGCAACCGAACCCCCAUUGACGACCGAACAAAACCACAAAUAAUAACAAGAAGGAAAAAAGAGUAGCCCAAAAUGAGGCUCACGGCAGACCUCAUCAACAACUCCCUUUCCUACCUCAACCCGCUCAAGGAGCGGGAGCUGGAUCUCCGAGGUCACAGAAUACCCGCGAUUGAGAACCUGGGCGUUGCCGGCCCCCACGAUGCGCUAGACCUGACGGACAACGACAUCCAAGUGCUGGGCAACUUCCCGCUGUCGCCGCGCGUGCGCACCCUGCUGCUCGCCCGCAACCGCAUCGCCGCCGUCCAGCCCUCCCUCCCCGCCGCCGUCCCCAACCUGCGCAACCUCGUCCUGGCCGCCAACAGCCUCGGCGAGCUGGCCGACCUCGACGUGCUCGGCCGCUUCCCGCGUCUGACGCACCUCGUGCUGGUGGAUAAUCCGGUGACGAAGAAGGAGCAUUAUCGGUAUUGGGUUCUCUGGCGCUGCCCUACCGUCCGCUUUCUCGAUUACCAAAAGGUCAAGGAUGCCGAGCGGGCAAAGGCGAAGGAGUUGUUUGGCUCGGCUGAGGCGCCGACGGAGUUGGCUUCACAGAUAAUGGGUACGAAGAGCAAGACAUUCGAUGUGGGCUCGGCGAACGGCCCGGCUGGUGGGCAAGGGUCGAAACUCUCUCGCCUCAAGCUUACCGACAAGGAGCGCAAGAAGCUGCAGGAGUUGAUUAAGAAUGCCGAUAGUUUGGAGGAGAUUAUCAGGUUGGAGAAGGCGCUCAACGAGGGACGGCUGCCGCCUGGGGUUAUGGUGGAGGACGAGAUGGAGCAGUGAGUUACGUCAGGUGGUGGUGGUGGGCAUAUGCUGGAGGGUCUGUUCAUGAUCAAGAACACAAAAAUCUUUUUUUGGCGUUCUUGUAGUAUAUAAUGGCAAAAUAAGCGCCGUCAUUACCCUUAG